AUGUCCGACGUCGACCAGAAGACGGCAGGUACCCCAUUUGCCAGCGGCGCUGCUUGGUCUGAAAGCGAAAAGAUUGCAUACCUCCUCGUGCUCUGCGAGAAUGAAGGCAAGAUUGAUGCCAAGAUCAGUAAGGCGCCCAUGCCCGCUGGCCGCACAGUAGUCUCAUGCAAGAUGCUGCUUGUACGCUUGAAGAAGAAAUACGGCAAAGAUAUCGAGAAGAUCAAGAGUGGCCAGACUCUGGGUGGCGGUGCUGGUGAUGACGGCGAUGCUGUGGCUGGAGCUGGGAAUAAGAGCGCUGGCAAUCGCAAGCGCAAGUCCAAAGUCGCCAAGGGGGAGACGGACAUGGACAGUGAUGACGCUGCCGAGGGCUCGCCCAAGAAGAAGCCAACUCCCCGCAAGAAGAAGGUGGAUGCUGCCGAGGAGGAGGCUUUUGGAGAUGAGGAAGUUUAA